AUGAGGGAGAACUGUAUUACAAUGCGAUCGAGAGUGAAACCUAACGGCUACAACUGUAAACAGCCCCGCGCAUGCGCCCUCCACACCCCCCAUCCCGUCUCGCGGCCCGCCGGUACAUGCGCGGUGGCGGCAUCUGCGCCUGCGCGCCGGGGGGGGGCGGCUGAGGGGACGGGGGUGUCGGCGGGAGCGGGGACCGGCGCCCUGCGGGACAGCCCCGCCGCUGCCGCCUUCUCCUCAGCCGCCGCCUUCUCCUCAGCCGCCUCCGCCUCGCUGGCGCUGCUCGUGAUGCAGCCGUGCGGCGGUGAGGAGGCGGCGGCGGCGGCGGGGGGGUUGCCGCCGCCGCUGGCGGGCAGCGACCCGGCGCUCCCGCCCUCCGGUAGCGGCGGCCUGAUGUUAUUCUACGAGCUGGGGGGUCCCGGCGACGGCGAGGCCGAGGCGGGGGAGGAAGGCGAGGCGGCGGGCGGCGAGAGCACGGCCAGCCCGGAGGAGCUGGAGGAGGAGGCGGCGGCGAGCGGCGGGGCGGCGGCGGGGGGGGGCUGCAAGAGCUGCACCUACCAGGGCUGCAGCGAGACCACCACGCAGGUGGUGAAGCAGCGCAAGCCCUGGAUGUGCAAGCGGCACCGCAACAAGAUUUACAAGGACAAGUACAAGCGCAAGAAGAACGACCAGGCCCUGGGGGGCGGCGGGGCGGCCGCCGCGGGGGGCGGCCCGCGGGCCGAGGAUAGUGUCGAAGGUUCGGUUUCUGUUACAAAACAGAGAACAGGAUCCAUUGGAGAUCGCCCAGCAAGACCUACUCUUUUAGAACAAGUAUUGAAUAAAAAGAGGCUGUCCCUACUCAGGAGUCCAGAAGUAGUGCAGUUUCUACAGAAACAACAGCAACUGUUAAGUCAGCAGGCUUUGGAACAAAGGCAGCAACAGUUUCAAGGAGCACCUGGGUAAUCAGAACAGAUCAAUGCCCUGCAGAUGAGUUGGGUGCUGAAGGGGGAAUAGGAUGUGUAUUUUACAUCAAUACAAAGAAUCUCAAUGUUUAAAGGAAAACUAAAGUUGCUGCUGUUAUGUAUUUUACUUGUUUUCUUGUUUGCACUUUUGAAGUUUUGAGCUGCUUGGGUGUCUGCAAACUUGUGAGCAAAUCUGGAGGAGUCUAUUUUUGAUUCUUUUUAAAACUUCAUUUUAAUGUUUAAUUUUUUAAUAGAAAUUUGUUCAUAUUAGUAAUGUUUAGCUGUAGACUCUUUCCCUACCAAAGUCUUCCGCUGAAUUAACAUUUUUCUAUCUGAAGAUUUACUGUUAAGUCACUCUUUGAUGACAAUCAUUGAAGGAAGUCUGUUACUUUCUAUGGAAGUUGUGAAAUAAAGUCCUGAAUUUGAGCCAGUCCAGUGGCAUGACCUAACAGCAAUUGCUCAGGGAUAUGAGAAACUUAUGUCCAGUAGAAUCUUGCACUGAACACAAAGACAACAUGCCAUCAAGAAGUUGAUCCACUGGCUCAGAAAAGUGCAAGUCAGGCGAUCCUCCUGCUAUAUGUUCAUUAUCUGCAAGCUGAGUAGGUUUGAAAUGCUUCACUGUCUGUGCGAAGCAUGUAAAAGAAUUUGUGUUUGAAAGUUCCAAAAGAGAUAAAUGGCAAAAAGCUUUAGAGGAGAAUCAGGUGGAAUGUAUGCAACUCAGAGUUGGACCUUGUUUUGCGGAGUUAUUUGUAAGGACCAACCUCUUAUACAUGAAAUAUAACUUAAUUACAGAUGAGAAUAUCACUCAUUUUUAAGUGACUAGAUUAAAUUUUAAAGCUUUUAACUCAUAAUAGCAAAUGCGUCCAAAACCUAAAAUGUAAUUGUGCAUUUUUUUCCUUUAUGUAGUCUUUUUCUUCUAAAAAUAAAAUUGUAGUUAAAAUUCUUCUAUUAGGACAACUGAUAUCUCAUCAGCUCUAGUGCUAGACUUCUCAGGUUUUCAGCCAAUUCAGACGAACUUGCAAUUGAUUGGGUUAAGAAUCCAAACACUGUAUUAUGUAAGUGUUAAAUCCCACAUUUUGUUUUUAAAACAAAGUUUUGUAUUAAACCACACUUCUGAACAGAGGUUAUCUGAAUGGUGUAGGUGCUUAUUAAAGUACUAAUUUGAUAUUGCAGCAGUUUGAUCCGCUAAAUAAUAUUUCUUCAGGAGUGUUUGUUAACAUCUUCUGAAUUCUUACAAGCUGUGCGUUGUGUAUGUAUAGAACUUGUUCAGUAGGAAUUUAUUGUAUUUAGCGUUGUGCAAGUUGUUCUUUAAAAAAGAAAUUGAAAAACUUUGUAUCAGUAGUUCUGGACCAAUAAGUGUUUGAGUAAAAUCUGUUUUUCUUUAAAAAACAAAACCAAAGCCUGCUCUUUUUUGUUCUGUUAAAUUUGUAUGGUUUUUUUCCUAUACUAAAAUGGCAAGCUCUGACUAGGUGGCAUUAAAACUUUUGUGUUCCAA